AUCCUUGCUCAGUUUAAUUAAUGAACUAGGAAGUAGUGACAUUACAUAAUUAAAUAACAAGAAAAAUCUACUCAUUCUACAUUUAAUUUCAUUAUGCCAAACUCAAUACAAACUACUAGCAAGAAUGAAAGCAUAUGUCCUAAUUGCCAUAGCCAAGGCACCUACGAAAAAUCCCUUUAUCUUAAUAAACCAAAAGGCAAACAAGCAAAGAAAGGAAUUCACCUCUUAAUUUAUAGUCUCUUUCGAUUUUCUUUUCAUUCCCCCUUUCCCCUCUCUCUCUCUCUCUCUCUCUCUCUCUCUCACACACACACACACACAGACACACACAUUCCUCUUUCCCUCUCUCACAUGGAAAAUUUUGUUAGCAGGAUUACUAUGUUAAAUGUUCUUCUCGGCUUAUUUCUAACUUUAUCUGGUUUUCAUUUUCCAAAACAAGUGGAGGCGCUGGGCAUCAACUACGGCCAAGUGGGAAACAAUCUGCCGCCGCCGGAAAGAGUCCUCGACCUCCUCCACUCACUCCGGCUGACGAAAGCCAGAAUCUACGACACAAACCCUCAAAUCCUGACAGCAUUCGCAAACUCCAACAUCGAACUAAUCGUCACUGUAGAAAACCAAAUGCUGCCCACUUUAACAGAUCCGAACCAAGCCUUCCAAUGGGUUGCCACCCACAUAAAGCCCUAUUUUCCGGCGACCAACAUCACCGGAAUCGCUGUCGGGAAUGAGGUUUUCACCGGUGGUGACACCUCACUGGUUUCUUACCUUGUACCAGCAUUGGUCAGCAUACACAACGCUCUAGUUCGAUUCGGGUUAGACCAAUUCAUCAGGGUUUCAACCCCUAGUUCGUUAGCGGUUCUUGAAGAAUCUUUCCCCCCUUCAGCAGGUCGUUUCCGGGUCGAACUUACCCGGAUAAUGCCCCAGUUCCUGCAGUUUUUAUCCGCCACAAGAGCUCCAUUUUGGAUGAAUGCCUACCCGUAUUUCGCGUACAAAUCCGACCCGAAUAACAUCUCUCUAGACUACGUACUUUUCAACCCGAAUACAGGAGUGGUGGAUCCAUACACAAAUCUACAUUACGAUAAUAUGCUGUACGCUCAAGUGGAUGCUAUAAUAUUCGCUAUGGCGAAAAUGGGCUACGGAGGAGUGGAGGUAGGGGUUUCAGAAACAGGUUGGCCUUCGCGGGGCGACCCGAAUGAAAACGGGGCGACCCUGGAAAACGCUGCGGUCUAUAACGGGAACUUGUUGAGGAGGCAGGUGAGGAGAGAAGGGACUCCGUUGAGGCCUCAAACGGGGUUAGAGGUUUACAUGUUUGCGUUGUUUAAUGAGGAUAUGAAACCGGGCCCCACUUCAGAGAGGAACUAUGGUUUGUUGGAGCCCGAUGGAACCAUGGCGUACAAUAUCGGACUGUACGUAGAUUCCAGGACCAACGAAGUAAAACCAUAGGUUCUUUAAUUUAUUUUCCUACAGUUUAUUGUUCACACACAAAUAUAGAUAUGAACAUGUAAAUAAAUAUACUGUGCUUCUUUUUUUCUA